GGUACUCAAGGCCCGGUGUCAACAACCCUUGCUGGAUGACUGUGACCGUCUCAGUUAAUUAUGGCUAUAACUUUAUAACUACAAGCCCCUCAGCCUCCCCGCGGUCAUCAUGGCGCCGGGGAUAACAUCAAUAGAUCCCAGUUCUCUCAAAGGACUGCUGGCAGAACAUCAAGACAUAUGCACCUUAGAGUUAACAGCUGUCACAGGACUAGAAGAGGUUGCAGCAGAGGAGUGUCAGGAGAAGCUGGGCGUUAACUGUGUUAUAGCCAGAGGCAGAGUGUUUAUUGACAUACAUGUUCAGCAAGUUCCAGAGGUCUUUAAGCUUCGAUCCAUUGACAAUGUCAAUGUUAUACUACAGAUGGUCACUAACUUCUCCUUCCCAGAUAACAGGGAGCAAUGCUUUCAGCAGCUGUACAAAUUUGCAGAAAAACCUGACUGGAGGAAGGGUAUGAGUGUGUGGAAAAAUGUCUUCAGUUUUCCUGAGGAACCCAUUCAAGAGGUCAAGGCCCUGAAUAAUGAUUAUUGUAAACCUCGUCCUGAUAUUGAUCUUAAGAGGAUGAAAUUGACAUCACAAAUAAUUGACAAUAUCCCUGAAGGAAUAUUGCCACAACAUCUGAAGAAGAAACGGCAGCCUGAAGAAGAACAAACAAAUGCUGAGAUUAAUUCUGCGGUUACAGACACGACCGUGGAGAGUGAAGAAGAUUCCUCAGAGAAGCAAAGGGUUCAAGCGUCAGGCCCCAAGUUUAGAAUAUCCUGUAACAGGACUGGGACCAAUCACAAUUUUGGGAGCUCAGAAGCUGCUCGGCAGUUUGGUGGUGCUGUAAAUGAGAUGUUUGGUUGGCCUGUAGACCUCUCCUGUUUCGAGCUAGAGAUUCUGCUCUAUAUUGACACAGAAUUUGUGUAUGUUGGAGUGUGCCUUACCAGAGAGCCACUGUUUAAACGCAACCUCACCAAUUUUGGGCGUACAAACUUGCGCUCAACCAUCUGUUACAACAUGGUUCGCUUGGCAGCACCACAGCCCGGGGAGGUGAUAGUAGACCCGCUGUGUGGUGGAGCAACUAUACCCAUGGAGGGUAGUCUCACGUACUCUAAAGUGUUACACCUUGGUGGAGACAACUUCGGACAAGCCGUGAAACGCAGCCGAGAUAAUAUUGAUUAUCUAGUGAAGAAAGGGAAAUCUAUGCCCAUUGAUGUUGCACAGUGGGAUGCAGCCAGACUGCCUCUCAGGAACCAGUGUGUUGAUAUCAUCGUGUCAGAUUUACCUUUUGGAAAACGCAUCGGUAGCAAAGGAGAUAAUCGUGUCCUUUAUUACAAUUCACUUCUGGAGAUGGCAAGGAUAACCAGAACAGGAACUGGUCGGGCAGUACUGCUCACACAUGACCGCAACAGCAUGAUGAGGAAUAUUAAGAGAGUUCAUACCCUCUGGAAAAGUGCUACUUCACGGACCAUUAAUAUUGGCGGACUUUCUGCUGUAAUUUAUAUAUUACAUCGAACCGCUUUACUUUUUGACCCAAACUUGAAAAUUGCAUCAAAGACUCAUAAGAAACCCUCUGAGCCAGGUGAGUUUUGAUGUGUAAUGAAACAUUUUAUCUUUACCAAUGUAAUAGAAAGCAAUUUUUAAUAAAUAUAGUUAUGCAGUA